AUGAAGGGAGUGAAAGCCAGGCUCACUCUCAGACCAAACAGUGCCCCUAAAUUCUGCCCACCACGCAAUGUGCCAUAUGCUCUCCGACCGCGAGUGGAGGCCGAGCUGAAACACCUGACUGAGCUUGGCGUCAUCUCACCUGUGGCGCAUAGUGACUGGGCUACGCCCGUGGUGGCCGUGAACAAAAAGGACGGCACCGUGAGACUCUGUGGGGAUUUCAAAGUCACCCUCAACCCAGCUCUGUGCAUCGACAAGUACCCAAUCCCCCAUAUUGAGGACUUGUUCGCUUCUCUCACUGGAGGUCAAUGCUUCAGUAAGCUGGAUCUGUCCAAUGCAUAUCUACAGAUGGAAGUAGAAGAGAGCUCCAAGAAGCUGCUGACCAUCUCAUCACAGAAAGGACUUUUCUGCUUCAACCCCUUACCGUUUGGGGUAGCGUCAUCGCCCGCCUUGUUCCAGAAGGCAAUGGACCAGGUGCUCCUCGGACUGCCACACACUCACUGCUACCUGGACGACAUAAUUGUCAGUGGUCCUGACGAGCAGACACACCUGAAAACCCUGGAUGCAGUACUCAGCAGGCUAGAGGAAUACGGCCUGCACCUCAAGCAAGAGAAAUGUCUCUUCUUCCAGGAGUCUGUGGAAUACCUGAGCCACAUCAUCGAUGCUGCUGGGCUUCACAAGUCACUGGAGAAAGUACGCGCCAUCAUGGAAGCACCAGCACCAGGUGAUGUCAGUCAACUUCGAUCUUUCCUAGGAAUGCUUAACUAUUAUGGACGCUUCAUCCCUGACCUGGCCACUGUGCUAAAGCCAUUCAACGAACUGCUGAACAAAGAAAAGAAAUGGCAGUGGACGUCAGCCUGUGCAUCAGCGUUCCAGAAAACUAAGACACUCCUGGUAUCACAAGAGGUGCUCACACACUACAACCCUGAACUGCCUCUCCACCUCGCUUGCGACGCUUCACCCUAUGGGGUCGGAGCUGUCCUCUCUCAUGUCUUGCCGGAUGGCAAUGAAAAACCCAUCGCCUAUGCAUCCAGAACUCUCAGCAAAGCAGAACAAAAUUAUGCUCAGAUUGAGAGGGAGGCGUUAGCAAUAGUCUCUGGAGGGCAAUUCCACCAGUACCUGUAUGGCAAUACCUUCACUCUACUCACUGACCAUCGCCUGCUUACAACCAUCCUCAGUCCAGUGAAAAGCACACCAUCCAUGGCUGCAGUUCGCAUGCAACGCUGGGCGCUCCUGCUCUCCGCUCACAAUUACACCAUCGAGUACAGGAAAAGGGCCCUACAUGCCAACGCUGAUGGACUGUCGAGGUUACCACUUCCUCAUGCCCCCAGUGAGAAACAAGGUGCAGUGGAGGUGUUUUACAUGUCACAGUUGGACACAUUGCCAGUCAGCAACGCCGAGAUCAAGCGUCACACCAUGUCUGACUCCACCCAGUCCCGUGUCAUGGAAAUGGUCACAACUGGCCGUUUUCCAGCUGCAAAGGACGCAGGUGACGAGCUGUCUCCCUAUCUCCAGUGCCGCCAUGAUCUCACUGUGCAGCACGGAUGCCUCAUGUGGGGUUUGAGAGUGACUGUGCCCCUCAAACUAUGCCCCCGGGUGCUGAAAGAGCUACACUCGGCACACCCAGGUGUAGUAAGGAUGAAGAGCUUAGCUCGCAGCUACAUGUGGUGGCCAGACAUUGACUCCCAGAUCGAGCACCAAGCAAGGUCAUGCCACUCAUGUCAGCGUGUGCAGAAAGACCCUGGCCUAGCACCCUUACACCCAUGGAUGUGGCCAUCCAGUCCCUGGGACUUUGCCAGUCCAUUUGAAGGGCACAUGUACCUGGUCGUGGUGGACGCACACUCCAAAUGGCCCGAGGUACACAUCAUGGAUAGCACCACAUCCAGCAAGACCAUCCAAGUGCUUAGGGGAUUUUUUAGUCACUACGGCAUUCCACACAGUCUUGUCAGCGACAACGGCCCUCAGUUCUGCUCUGAGGAAUUCAGCAUGUUUCUGAAAGCCAAUGGAGUCAAACACAUUCGCUCAGCACCGUACCACCCUGCCUCCAAUGGCUUGGCAGAGCGAUUUGUGCAAACCUUCAAGCACGCUCUGAAAUCUUCCAGAGGAACUACACCAGUGCAACAGCAUCUGGAUACGUUCCUCCUGACAUACCGCAACACCCCUCAUGCAACAACCAAGGAAAGCCCUGCAAUGCUGUUCAUUGGACGCAAGUUGCGUUCUCAAUUGGAUUUCUUGAAACCAAGUGUGGCUGGAGCAGUGCACCAGUCACAAGAGGCUCAACAGCAACGACGCCAGCUACACUCUAAACAGAGACAGAUUGAAGUUGGUGAGCCAGUGCACGUCCGCGAUUAUAGGAGGGGGGAGGAUAAGUGGAUGCAAGCUGUGGUGAUCGAGAAGACCGGACCAGUGUCCAACAAGGUAAAUGUGGAAACACAAGGGGUCUAG